AUGGAUUCUACUGCAAGUCAUAUCGAGCGCACGAAAAUCCUAGCCAAGCAUGACCAAAGCUCAUCAGGCACCACAUUAGUGGAGCACGUUAAUGUUUGGGAAAGAGACUUGAAGCCAAUUGGAAWGGGUGGCUUCGGCGUUGUGUAUCGGGAGGUGUGCAUCAAAGGACAUGCAAUGGGUCAGGUGAGAGCCGUCAAAAAGUUGCCGAUAAAAACCGACCGCUCUCCCAUCAACCACGACAAAGAGCUUGAGGCGAUUGCAGUUUUUUCAAGACCAGAAUGGCAUGCUCGUUUCAUCACAUCCUUUGGAUGGUACGAAGACCAAGGUAUUGUCCACAUUGACAUGGAAUAUGCCCCGUUCSGAGAUCUACACCAUCAUCUCCACCACCCUCUACCAGUAGAUGAAGUUUUCAUCAUAGCAGAUCAAGUAUUCGACGCCAUGGCUACGAUGCAUGAGCUCGGCUAUGUCCACAGGGACCUAAAGCCUGCAAACUUACUCGUCUUUCAACAGGGCCCUCAAUGGCACGUCAAAAUAGCAGAUUUCGGUCUGACGAAACGAACUGGUGAAAUCGUCAAGCCCUGGGAGAUGCAAAAUGGCACCUACCAAUUCAUCGCACCGGAAAUGAGAGGCCCCUUCCCCGCUCCCGGAUUCUCAUAUACCAACGCAUUGGAUAUAUGGGCUCUGGGUGUGGUAGGUUUCCUGCUUCUGACUAAAACCUAUCCGUUUCAAGACCCACCUAGUCUGUGGCAGUUCAUGCGCCUCACGCGCUAUGACCGGCAGAAUUGGCUGCGCGGUCGCAUAGCUGAUGAUGCGAGUUGCAAAUGGAUUGAGGAAUGUCUUGAGCCUCGAUCGAUGGAUCGGCCGACUGCGAGAGAUGUUCAACAGUAUUGCGCACGAUAUCGUCGUUUGCAUGGAGAUAGAAGCCGUGGAUGA